UUCUCCAAUUCAUCUCCAACCCAAUUUCCCUCAACUUUACUCUUCUUCCUCCUCCCACCUAAUCCUCCUUCUUCUUCUUCUUCUCUUUUCCAUUCAUUUCCCAUAAAAGCUUCCGCCGCCGGCCGAGUUUUCUUAGAGAUGGAAGUAGUUGUUAGAGUCCCUCCGGCCGCCGACAUCUUCAACAUCGGCGGCAGCCCUUGCUCCUCCCACUACUUGUCUGCUCCUACCAGCCCCUCCCAUGCCUUCAACUUCUUCUCCUUCGACGAAGAUGGCGACGAUGUUCCCAUUGGCUCUCCCUCCGCUGUCCCCUUUGGGUGGGAGGAGAAGCCCGGCAUCCCCAAGUCCCCCAAAUCCUCCGGUACCGAUCAGGAUUUUGAAUUUGAUUUUACUUCCCAGUCGUUUAGUAAAGCUUCUCUCUCCGCCGAUGAGCUCUUCGACGGCGGUAAGAUCAAGCCGCUUAAACUCCCGCCUGGAUUUCAGUCGAAAAUGUGGUCCCCAACACCGCCUCGAAAAGCAGAGAGCGGCAUCGACGACCCAUUUGAAGCAGCGCUGAUGAAGGAAACUGCGCUCGACGGCGGAACAACCGAUCAAAUCUCAUACAUUUCCUCUCAAACUGCGCUCGACGGAGACGACGGCGGCUCCCUCGCCGCCCCCGUCAAAUCAAAGUCGGCGAUCUCAUUUUCAAAAGCCAACAAAAGAUGGAGGCUGAGGGACUUCUUGUUUCGCAGUGCAUCGGAAGGCCGAUCGACGGCGAAAGCGGAUAAAUUGAGGUCAACGUACGUUGUGAUUUCUGAAAAUAUGGACAACGACGUGAAGAUUUCGAGUUUCCGGUCGGCCGACGGCGGAGAUUCGAGGUUUCAUUCCACGGCGGCGAACCGGACGGUUUCUGAGGAGUUGAUGAUGACGAAGAAGAGACUUUUGCCCAUCAAACCGGGUUUUCUAGGCCGUUUCUGCGGUUUAACCGGUCCAGUAUGCCGGAGAUUUCCAGGGGAAUUGGGUCGUUGACACGUGGAUGAACCAGCAAAGUUUUAAAAUUUAAAAUUUAAUUUUUGGGAUUGUGUUUGUGGGUGUAAGACAUAUUCAUAAAUCAAUGGUGUAAGAAAUUGAAGUU